AUGCCAUUUGCAGCGGUGACUGUAUGCAACGCUAAUCCGUAUAGGAAUGAUCGAAUGGACACAGCAAUAAAAGCUUAUGCUCAUGAAAUGGGUAUCAAUGUCAAUGAAUCAACUUUUGAGUCAUUAGCUUUUCGCAUGCUCAUCAAUAUGUUCAAUCGAAAUGAGUCUGAUGAAUUCGCAAAGUUUGGAUUUCAGCUAUCGGAUAUGUUACUUGCAUGCUCGUACAAUGGUAUUAAUUGUUCAUCGAAUUUUGUUCAUUCUCUAUCGUCUAUCUAUGGUAAUUGCUUUACAUUUAAUUGGAACACGUCUAUCAAUAAAGUAUUUACGCUAGCUGAUCUAGGUUCAAUAUUGGUAAUGUACGAAGGCUUGUCAAUGACUUUUUACAUACCAAGUCAUCUUAGUUUCCCAUCAACAAUCUUCGAGAAUGGUCUUAUUUUAUUCUUGCAUGACAACAAUGAACUUCCGUUCCUAGCUAAAAACAGUAUACGAUUACGACCAGGUCUCGCUCAUACAAUAACAUAUCGAAAAAGUCAAACAAUUUUUCUUUCUAAACCUUAUACAAACUGUACAACUACAGUUGAACGUAAUUUGCGUCAUAUCUACGAGGUUAUCUUCGAUCCACAUUUGGCCCGUCAAGUAGCCUAUUCCGAAGCUUUAUGUUACGAAUUGUGUGAACAAGCUUACAUUUUCUCAAAAUGUUUUUGUAUUUUACCUAUUCCAUUUCUCAUGCGACAUGUCUUCUCAUUGAAUGAUGAUGGACUUUUGAUCGCAAAUACUUGUAUGCCGAACACUGAAGAAGAAAAAUGUGCAUUAACUGCACGGCAACAAAUAGUCAUAAAUGCAUCUCUCAUGGCUGUUUGGUGUUCCCGAUGUGCUCCACAAUGUACACACACACAAUUUUCGAUCGAUGUUAGUGCAUUACCAGCGCCAACUACGCAACAAAAAGCAUCAUUGAAAAACUCUUUGCUAGAAAACAGUUUCAAUGUGUCCUUGCCCAAUGAUUUUGCUGCGAAUUAUGAUGCCUACAUGGAUGCCAAUUAUUUAAAAGUGACCAUAACAUGUGCUAGUUCAUAUGUAACAACGCAUAAACAACAGGCUAAAUUAACGUUCGUUGAUACAUUUUCGGCCAUUGGAGGACAAACUGGAUUGUAA